AUGCCAACACUUAGCGACGAGGAGCACGAGUUGAUCCAGAAGGACCGCGAGGCCAACCCCAACUGUUUCUACUCGACUGCGCUGUCCCAGUCCUGCAGGUCCACGAACGGCGACAGCAAGUGCGAAAUCGUGAAGAAGAUCUUCCGUCAGUGUCCAAACGCGCGCAAAGAACUGAUCUCGAACCGGAAAGAGAUCGCCGAAGACGAACAUGGCGACGCAGCGAUUGCUGGGGACUUUUUCAAUCGAGAACGGAUGGACACGCGCGACGGACGUGAGCAGGACUUUGGUACAAUGUUUCAGCAGGGAGACGACGACUUCGAGGCCCAGAUGAGUCCAUUCGACUUUCUUCGACAGGAGAUGCUGCGUCCGUUCGAAGACUUUUUCGGUGGCGGUUUGUUUGGCCGUGGUGACUUUACGCAUCCGUUUGAAGGGCUGGACCGAGAGUUUGAGCGGAUGCCAGUGCGUCCGCCGUCGCCUGCGCCGCGCCGACCGUCCCGUCAGACGCCCUCGAACCCUCCACACUACUCGUUCCACCCUGGCCAGGGCAACAGCUCUAGCGACUCGGAUGCCAAAGCGCGAGCACAAGCGAGGGGCGAUAUGUUUGCUGGGUAUUCAGGCCGAGUGGAAGAGAUUUAG